UUCUGUCAGCGGCAUAACGAUACUGAGCUUUUUCUAUGGGCACUUCCGACUUGCCCGGAUGCAACUCCUCACAGAAAGUUUCAGUACGGACGGUUGUCUUCGACAAUUGUUUUGAAACAAUUAAAGUAAAGUAUACAGGUUUUAGUUGGCAUCAAAUAAUUGCUUGUCCUUUCUAGCAAUGCCGAAAAGAAACGCAGCAACAGAGCUAAACCAUGAAAACUGGAAUGUGGAGGAAGAAUCUGAGGAAGCAGGGAGUUUUGUGCUGGCAGAUGAGGAUGUCUUAAAGACGCGAGUAAUUCGAAAAGCUAAGAGGACAAUACAAGGAGAUGGUGGAAGUGGAGCAGGCCUGUUCAGCAGUUUUUCAUUCAAACCAUCGGGAGCAUCCACAACAAGUUCUCCUUUGAAUUUCAACAACAGUCUGACAACAGCUCAGUCCAGCUGCUCAACACACAGCAAUGGGAAAGAAGUUAAAGAUCACCCUGAAUAUUUGCGACAGCUGAAGACACUUAACGAGAACAUUUUGACUUGGAUCCAAAAGCAUGUUAACGAGAAUCCUUAUUGUAUCCUUACUCCAUCUUUCAAAGACUAUGAAAAACACCUUUUAAGCAUGGAGGAAAAAUACCAGGGAAAAAAUCCUGGAAAACAAGACAAAGUCAGUGAAAAUGAAGCAACCACUAAGUUAAACAAGCCUUCAACAGCAGUGCCUUCCUGUCCUGUGCCAGCUUCAGGGUUUUCAUUUAGCUUGGCUUCCCAGUCUAGCAGUGCUGAAAAGUCUGAAGGGCUCACUAAGCAGAUGGAAAAUAAAGCUCCUGCUUUUGAAGGUUUCAAGUUUGGCCAAUCUAGCAAUGGAUGCUUUCUUUCUUCAUCUAGCUCUGGAAAAACUGCUCCAUCUUUCAGCUUUGGGCAGCAAAGCUCACAAAAUGCAGCUACCAUCAACUCACAAGAGAAAACUAAUGUGGAUGGUGAUGACGAAAAUGCUCCUUAUGUUCCGCCACAACCUGAAGUUCGCGAGAUCAAGGAGGAAGGAGCUAUCUUUUCAAAGAGAUGCAAACUCUUCUUUCAGAAGGAUGGUCAGUGGGUAGACAAAGGUGUUGGUAAUCUACACCUCAAACCUGUGGAUGGGCGGUUCCAGCUUAUCAUCCGGGCAGAUACCAAUCUAGGUAACAUUUUGCUGAAUAUUCUUCUAUCACAAGCUAUGCCAUCAAAGAAGCAAGGCAAGAAUAAUGUGUUUAUUGUAUGUGUGCCAAAUCCACCUUUAGAUGAAAAAACACCCAGCACAGACCCAGUGCCAAUGCUUAUUCGUGUGAAGACAUCUGAAGAUGCUGAUGAGUUGUUGGCCAAAUUAGAAGAGACAAAAUCUGCAGGUUGAUAAUAUGUUGCCUUAGAUUAAACUGUAAAAUGUGCAUAGUCCCAUUUGAAAGGGAGAAAAACUCAAACAUUGUCAGCAGUAGGACUUCAUUGACUGACCUAAAGUCAUCUCUCAGACCAAACUGGUUAUUUAGUAUGGUUGCUAUGCUGUAAAGUUUAUCAUAAAAUGUGUUAUGUCUGUGUAUGACUUCCAUCAGAAAAUAAUCACGGUAGGUGGUUUUCUUUAGUAUUGUGUAUAUAUAUAUAUAGUGAUUUGGGCUUAAUUUACAAAAAGAUUCUUUGGGCAGGGAAUUGGGGCGGGAUGUAUUAAUGUUGGUAAUGUCACUUUUCAUUUUAAAAUAUAAAGGAAUUUCUUUGUAUAAAUGGGAUCAAAUUACCUUUAUCAGGUCCUUGCCAUCUAAAUCACUUGCUUUUUCUGUGCCAUUCCAUACUGGUAUAAAAACAAAAGUAUCGUGUGAUAUUGUUGUAGCAUGCUGACUUGUUGAGGACAGUAAAUGGAAAAAUUCGCCAAAAAUUAAACAGUGUUAUAUACUGCUUA